AUGUCGAACUUCCCGCUCGCCCAGUACAAGGCCGUGCACGCCGCCGCCCUCGACGGCAGCGUCGCUUUCCCCCGUUUCGCCCUCGACCAGCUCGUCAAGCUCUUCAACAUCGUCUCGGACGAGCGCGACCGUCUUCAAGACGCUCUGCAGCGCGACACGGGCGUCACGGCGGUCGAGGCGCAGUGCGAGCUGGCGCUCACGCUCUCCCUCGUCAAGCGCACGGUCGACGAGGCCGACUAUGAGCGUCAGAAGGUCAAGAAGGCGGUCGCGCUCAAGGCCGAGGGUCGGCUCGAGAAGGGCAAGGGCGUCGUCGUCGUUACAAGCAGCGCUGCGGCUCCGAUCUACUCGCUCGUCGCUCCCCUCGCCAUGGCGAUCGCGACCGGCAACGCGGUGGCAUGCUUCCUUCCCUCUUCCGUCCCGACGAUCUCAAGCCUUCUCCAAGACGUCCUGUCCCGAGCCCUCAACCGCUUCGCCUACCUCUUCACGACCGCCGAGCCCAGCUCGCUCGCUUCGAUCGAUGAGGCGGUUCGCCCACGCGCCCGCACCUUUACGGUCUCGAGUGGCGGCGAGGGGGGCCGCUCCCUGUCCGACACGAUCGUCGCAGCAGCCGGAGCUGCCGGUGCGACGGCUGUCGUCGACCGCCUGUCGCCGUCGUCGUCGCCUUCCCAAGUUGCCGACCUCGCCCGCCUCCUCGUGCGAGGCAAGUUCCACGCCCUCGGUCGACUUCCUGGCUCAGUCGCACGCGUAUUCGUCCACGAAGAGUCGGCAGGGCUGCUCCUCGAUGCCCUGUUGCGCGAGCUCGAGAACGCUUUCGGGCGCGACUCGGCGCUGUCGAGCGACUACGGCCGGCUCCGCGGCGUCGAGUACGACGCGCCGAGCCUGAGCAAGGAGAAGGAGGCCGGUGGGCGAGUUCUGUGCGGCGGAGCCCGCUCUGCAGGCGAGGACGACGACUUAUACCGCCCGACCCUCGUCAGCGACCCGAGCGCACGAUUGCUCACGGCGCCGGCGUCAGGAGCAAUCCUGCCGGUCCAAACGUUCAGCAGCCACGAGGACCUGCUCUACAGGCUCGGCGAGCUCGACUCGACCGUGCUGUAUGUCUUCGCGCCCGAGCGAGCCGUCGUCGACUACCUCGCGACCGAGUCGACCGCGAGCGCGGUCUACGAAAACGACAUUCCCUUGGACGCCUUGUACGACCCGGGCAGCAUCCUCACCUCCCCCUCGCACUACCUCACGACCUCGCGCCUGUUCUCCACCACCUCGUCCUCGUCUCGCCCUCCUCCCGCCGCCCUGUUCGCCCCAUUCACGCCUUCUCGCCUCAGCACGCUCAAGGCUCUCUUCCCUCGCGAGGACAAGCUCGUCGCCAAGCGCACGAAGCACGCGCACACGAUCCGCCGCGUCUUUUUCCUCCAGGGCGUCUUCAUCACGCUCGGCACGAUCCUCACGGUCUUGCUCGGCGGUACUGGGUGGCUCGGGUGGGCGUUUCUCUAA